AAAGCAAACCCUGCUGGUGACACUUGGCACAUUCUUCCUGAGCGCAGUACGCCCUCCUUGCACAAGAACACAGAGCCGCAGGUGCAGAAGGCUGAGGCCUGCAGAGAGACCCAGCAAGCCAUGGUGUUUCCAUGGAGACGUCGAGGUACUCAGUGGGGCUCAUGGAGCAUCCUCAAGCUGUGGGUCUGGACACUGCUCUGUUGUGAUUUCCUGACACACCAUGGAACUCACUGUUGGACUUACCAUUAUUCUGAAAGAGCCAUGAACUGGGAAAAUGCUAGAAAGUUCUGCAAGCGAAACUACACAGAUUUAGUGGCCAUACAAAACAAGAGAGAAAUUGAGUAUUUAGAGAAGACAUUACCCAAAAGCCAACAUUACUACUGGAUAGGAAUCAGGAAAAUUGAAAAUAUGUGGACAUGGGUGGGAACCAACAGAACUCUCACUAAAGAAGCAGAGAACUGGGGGGCCGGGGAGCCCAACAACAAGAAGUCCAAGGAGGACUGCGUGGAGAUCUAUAUCAAGAGGGAGCGAGAUUCUGGGAAAUGGAACGAUGACGCGUGCCACAAACGAAAGACAGCUCUCUGCUACACAGCCUCUUGCCAGCCAGGGUCUUGCAAUGGCCACGGAGAAUGUGUGGAAACCAUCAACAAUCACACGUGCAUCUGUGACGCAGGGUAUUAUGGGCCCCAGUGUCAGUAUGUGGUCCAGUGUGAGCCUUUGGAGGCCCCUGAGUUGGGUACCAUGGACUGCAUUCAUCCCUUGGAAGAAUUCAGCUUCCAGUCGCAGUGUGCUUUCAACUGUUCUGAAGGAAGAGAGCUACUUGGGAUUGCAGAAACACAGUGUGAAGCAUCUGGGAACUGGUCAUCUCCAGAGCCAGUCUGCCAAGUGAUUCAGUGCAUGCCUCUAGUAGCACCCGACCGGGGCACUAUGGAAUGCAGUCACCCCCUGGCCAACUUCAGUUUUACUUCUGCUUGUACCUUCACCUGCUCAGAAGAAACGAACUUAAUUGGAGAGAGAAAAACUGUCUGCGGAUCAUCUGGUAUCUGGUCUAGUCCUCGUCCCAUAUGUCAAAAGACAAACAGAAGUUUCUCAAAGAUCAAGGAAGGAGACUACAACCCCCUCUUCAUUCCUGUAGCCGUCAUGGUCACCGCAUUCUCGGGGCUGGCGUUUAUCAUUUGGCUGGCAAGGAGGCUAAAAAAAGGCAAGAAAUCUCAGGAAAGGAUGGAUGAUCCAUACUGAUUCAUCCUUUGUGAAAGGAAAGUCAUGAGAUACAAAAAAAAAAAAAAAAAAAAAAAAAAAAAAAAAAAAAAAAAAAAAAAAGAAGAAGAAGAAGAAGAAGAAGCAGCAUUGGAAGCUAACUUCAACUCCUCCUGUGGAGAUUUUACACCCAGGCACCUUCCACAUUGAAGAUGCAGUGUUUGCUCAAUGUAUCUGAAAGGAUUUCUACAUGACCAACAGCUCCUCCUGACUUCCUCUCGCUCAUUCAUCCCAUUAACCCUAUCCCAUAAUUUGUGUCCAUACAGAGCAGUAUUUUAAUCAUGUUUUCUGUGGAGGAACAAAUAAGACUAUCGAGCAAGAGAGUUUCUGUAGCAUAUGAAGAGAUCUGCUGUUUACUCUUUCCUACCCCUUGUUUCCUACUUCAGUUCAGUACCAAAGCUGAUGCCAAACACAGUGAAAAUGUGAUACAUGUGUAACUGGAAACUCAGUUUCCUUGCAAUAACCUUGACCAAAAUCUUUGCUUUCCACCUCCAAAGAACAGUGCCCUAUUCAGGUUGGAAAAGUCCCACUUCCUCUGUAGGCCCCCUAUCUGCGCCUGGCAGCCUCUGUAGCUGUUCACAUUACCCUCCCCAUCGCCUUUUCUUAGGAGGUUAAAUUCCACAUAUGGCACCCGAUGAUCAAACAUCAGACAUCAAAGAAGAGAAAUCUCCUGCAUCGAGUUUUAGUUUUGAGUUUUCCUUUCUCUUUAUUAGAUCUUUCUAGGUUCCUUGAAGUCAGUGUUCUGAUGAUUAUUAAUGAUAACACAACCUACUGUCUUGGAGCUGAUGUUAUGAAGAUAACUUAAAACAGGUAGAAAGGUUUCUGGACUCAGAAUGGAGUGACACCCUUCCCUUCCCUACCAUCCCCUACUUAGAUACCUUAAUUCUGUUCUUUAAGAUGCAGGACAGCUGUCUUCAACUCGUGCCACUUCUUUUAUAACUUGCUCCUUAACUCACCCAACCUGUAGGCAAUCUCAUUUUCUGGCUUCACUCUGCAAGAUCUAUAAAAUGAUGUAUUUAAAUUCAGCCCGAUUUCUUAAAAAAAAAAAAAAUGUUACUUAGUCUGUUUGUAUACCAGAAUAUAUGUUGUUGUUUUUUUCCUAGAUGAAAUUGUACCCUUCUUGAGGGGAGAGACUGUGUCAGGUCUCUGGAGUUCUUAGUUUUUCAAUUGACCCUUGGUAAAUUUGUCUGGCCGCAGUCAGUGAAUGAAAGCUGUGUGAGGAGAUUUCUGAGAGCUUGUGGGUAAACACCAAGCCAAAAAGACAAGAGUCUUGUAAGCUCUCUUCCUCCUCUGUAUCGGGGACUUGUUCCUGGAAUGGGCUUUUGUGUUUCUCUCAAGUGUAAAUGGAGUGGGUUAACUUCAGAUUAUCCAUCAGUUACCAAUAGUAUUUAGACGAUGUUUCCAAGCACAAGGGUGCCCUUCUGAUUGUCUACGGCUUGAACUAAUGUGACCCUGCACUCAGCACUGUACAAGCUGAAACUCAUGUGACGUUGCCUAAACUUAUGUGACCUUGCUUAAACUCAUGUGACCUUGCUCUCAGGACCUUAUAAAACUGGAACUUACAAACUUUGCUUAUACGGCUUUGCCUAACCCUCAGAAUACCCUCAGAAUAUAAAAUGUCUGGAGUCUUGAAUAAAGAUGGCUAUUGUGUGA